GGGUAUAUAAGAAGGGGUAGAAGGGAGGGUGGUGGGAUACUACAAGUUCAGUAUUCCAACAGAUAAAAGAAAGAAGGCAAAGGAUACUGUACUACGGGCAGUAUGUUUCUCCCCUCGUUGACUCUCCUCGCUAGCCUUUCCUCCCUUUUCCUGCCUCAAGUCCAUGCUGUUGGCCGCGCAAUCGUUAGCAAUGAAUGUCCGGAGGCUAUCUACCUCUGGUCCGUAGGCGGAAGCAUCGGUCCGCAGCAGAAGAUCGAGCCGUCGACAUCCUACAGCGAGACAUUCCGGCGCGACCCUCAGUCCGGGGGGAUCGCGCUUAAGAUUUCGCCGCUCGAAAAUGGCAUCUUUAAACCGAACGUCAGCCAGACUAUUUUCGCCUACAAUCUUGAUGGCCAGCAGAUCUGGUACGAUAUGAGCGAUAUCUUUGGCGAUGGAUUUGCCGGACGCACAAUGUCGCUCAAGCCGAGCGAUACCACGUGCCAGAGUAUUGUUUGGGGAUAUGGAAAGCAGCCUGCUGGAAGUUCCAUAAAGGUGUGCGGGUCUAGCAGUGACUUGACUCUAUCGUUUUGUACGGGUGGUUGCUUGCCGAGUUGGUAUCCUUGUGGAAAUGCUGCGCCGGGAAGUAACAAGGUUUGCUGCACGCAUUGUAUUGGAAGUCAUCACUGUGUUGCGGCGCCAUGAUGGGUGGAAUGAAAACAACGAUUGGGGAUGUGAUGAUGAUUGCUAAUUGGGAAACGAUUGAUUUAUGGACAGUCAAGACAUCAUUUCCUUGUACGCAUGUUCGGGUGAGAUAUGAUUAGAGAGUGUAAUGCGGGAAAUUUUGGUCUACCUAGUAUCCUUAACUAGUAAUGUUAAUUUGUUUGCUGAUG